AUGAAGAGAGAACAAGUGCAUUCUCAGCAACUGCAAUGUUGUGGUAGCAUGGUUUUCCAGGAAUUGAUCUGUGGCAAAGGGAUCAGAACACAGAUAUUGCUGUUGUGGAAUGAUGGAUGGAGGAGAUGGAGUUCUUGCUUUGCAUUGGACUGUAUUGAUUGUUCUCUGCAAUUCUAUACUGAUCUGGAGCAUGGAGUUGCUGCUUUGCUGAAUGAUCUGAAGGCUGGUGUUUCAACUCUCCUUCAGAACCAAUUUGAAGAAUUAGCUAAUAAGGAGAAAUUUGGUGAUGCAAGAAACUCAGGUGAAAGCAAAAGAAGGAAAUUGGUGGUUGUUGGUCGGGAUUCGGUAGAACCACUCCAAGCACUUAGGAGUGCUGGUCGGGAGUUAAUUAGAGCUUGA